CGCACCCCCAGCGCCUCCCCAGACUUGACCAAGCACUCGCCCCUGGCUCUUCUGGCCGCCACCUGUAGCCGGAUCGGACAGCCGGGCGCAGCGCCCUCGGACUUCCUGCAGGUCUCUUACGACCCGACCCUGGGAUCCCCCUCCAGGAUCUUCCACCCGUGGAGUGGCGAGAUGCCCGCGCACUCCCCGGGGGGGCUGCCGCCGCCGCACCCCAGCCUGGGGCUGACCCCUCAGAAGAACCACCUGCAGCCCUCCUUCGGGGGGGCGCACGAACUGCCCCUCACCCCUCCGGCGGACCCCUCCUACCCCUACGAGUUCUCUCCCGUCAAGAUGCUGCCCACCUCCAUGGCCGCCCUGCCCUCCAGCUGCCCCCCCGCAUACGUCCCCUAUGCCGCCCAGGCCGCGCUGCCGCCCGGUUACUCCAACCUGCUGCCUCCCGCGCAGCCCUGCCGGCAGCUCUCGCCCAACCCGCCGCCCGAGGACAUCCCCUGGUGGAGCAUCCAGCAGGCCGGCGCCCCGGGCGGCUGCGGCCACCGCUUCCCCGCGGCCGCGGCGCUGCCGCGGAGCCUGGUGCUGGGCCACUCGGACUUCGCCCAGUACCAGACGCAGAUCGCCGCCCUGCUGCAGACCAAGUCUCCCCUGGCGGCCACGGCCAGGAGGUGCCGCCGCUGCCGCUGCCCCAACUGCCAGUCGGCCGCGGGCAGCGCCCCGGAGGCGGAGCCGGGCAAGAAGAAGCAGCACAUCUGCCACAUCCCCGGCUGCGGGAAGGUGUACGGCAAGACCUCGCACCUGAAGGCGCACCUGCGCUGGCACACGGGCGAGCGACCCUUCGUCUGCAACUGGCUCUUCUGCGGGAAGAGCUUCACCCGCUCCGACGAGCUGCAGCGGCACCUGCGGACUCACACGGGCGAGAAGCGCUUCGUCUGCCCCGAGUGCGGGAAGCGCUUCAUGCGCAGCGACCACCUGGCCAAGCACGUCAAGACCCACCAGAACAAGAAGCUGAAGUCAGCGGCGGACGGCGUCAAGCGGGAGGACGGCCGCGACCUGUGACCGCCGGGCGGCGGGGCGGGACCGGACCGGCGGCGGCCGCCACACCUGCGAGCCGAGCCGAGCCGAGCCGAGCCGCGGCGGGAACCCGAGCUGAGGGCGCUCCGCAGCCGGGGGCAGGGCGGCCGGCUCUCUGACUCGCGUCGGGCCCGGCGAGCGGGAGCUCGGCUGGGGGCGGCGCCGGGGCCCUCAGGCCCGGGACUGGACGCUCGUAGGGCCCCGGCUCCGCCGCCGCGGCGCGCCCUCGACCCGGGACAAGCACCCUCCCCGUCUCUGCGGCCCCGGGGCGCGGCUGAGGGGAGGCCGCGGCCGCCUUCUCCGUGGUCGGGGCUUGUGGGCGCUCGGGGUGGGUCGGCAGCGGAGGCCCGGCCGUGCCGAGGCCCGGCCCUCGGCGCUUUCAGGGUAAAAGACUGAAGUUUUGUGUACAGGUUAUUUAAUAGUUCUGUUUGAAUACCAGUGUUCCUCUCCUCGUCCUCGGCCCCGUGGGGGGCUCCAGCAUGAGAUGUCUCUGUAAAGCGACCCGCGACUGCAGCGCGAAAUAAACACGUUACCACUGGGGUCACGCA